AACACCCAUAAAAAUAAUCUCGAAGCGGUCUGACAUAGCUUUCCAUUUCUUUGGCGAGAGAGGAGAGGAGAGGACUAGUGUGUAUUGCUUGUAUUGUAUCUCUGCUCUCUCCCUCUUCCCCACCCCCGUUGACCAUAAUGGCUAACUCCUCCUCCUCCUCCUCCCUCGUAAUCUCUUACUCCUUAAUUUUAUUAAAUCUCUACGCCAUCGUUUCUUCAACUUCUGAUUUCAACAAUCGCCACCAUCCCAUGAUACUUCCUCUCCUCCUCUCAACUCCUAACAUCUCUGCUCACCGGAUGCCCUUCGACGGCCACAAAAGCCGGCGCCAUCUCCAGAAUUCCGAGCUCCCUAACGCUCGCAUGCGCCUCUUCGACGAUCUCCUCUCUAACGGUUAUUAUACAACGCGGCUGUUUAUUGGGACGCCUCCACAGGAAUUUGCUCUUAUUGUGGAUACAGGAAGUACUGUGACAUAUGUUCCGUGCUCUAGCUGUGAACAAUGCGGCAAGCAUCAGGAUCCGAGGUUUCAACCGGAUUUGUCUAGUACUUAUCGGUCUGUAAAGUGCAACCCAAGUUGUAAUUGUGAUGAUGAGGGAAAGCAGUGUACUUAUGAGAGACGCUAUGCAGAGAUGAGCUCGAGCAGUGGUGUGAUUGCUGAGGAUGUUGUUUCAUUUGGAAAUGAAAGUGAGCUUAAACCUCAACGUGCUGUUUUCGGUUGUGAAAAUGUGGAAACUGGUGAUCUUUACAGCCAACGUGCUGAUGGGAUAAUGGGUUUGGGUCGUGGUCGGCUCAGUGUUGUUGAUCAACUUGUUGACAAGGGUGUUAUUGGUGAUUCGUUUUCGUUGUGUUAUGGUGGGAUGGAUGUGGGUGGGGGUGCGAUGGUACUUGGUCAGAUUUCUCACCCCCCCAACAUGAUUUUUUCCCAUUCCAACCCUUAUCGCAGUCCAUAUUACAAUAUUGAGCUGAAAGAACUUCAUGUAGCUGGGAAGCCAUUGAAAUUAAAACCAAAAGUCUUUGAUGAAAAGCAUGGAACAGUUUUGGACAGUGGAACUACUUACGCUUACUUUCCAGAAGCAGCUUUUCAUGCGUUAAAAGAUGCUAUUAUGAAGGAAAUCCAUCAUCUCAAGCAGAUCCCAGGCCCUGAUCCAAAUUACCAUGAUAUUUGCUUUUCUGGUGCUGGAAGGGAGGUCUCUCAUCUGUCAAAAGUUUUUCCAGAAGUCAAUAUGGUGUUUGGCAGUGGUCAAAAGCUGUCACUGUCUCCAGAGAAUUAUCUCUUCCGGCACACAAAGGUCAGCGGUGCAUAUUGCCUGGGUAUUUUCCAGAAUGGAAAUGAUCAGACUACUCUUUUAGGAGGAAUUGUUGUCCGUAACACACUAGUGACUUAUGAUCGAGAGAAUGAUAAAAUUGGCUUCUGGAAAACUAACUGUUCUGAACUAUGGAAGAGGUUGCAAGUUCCUGGUGUGCCUGCUUCAGCACCUGUACCUCCCCCUAGCAGUAAUAGAAGUCAAGAAAUGCCUCCUGUGCAAGCUCCAAGCAGCGUGCCAUUUUUCCAUCCAGGUGAAAUUCGAAUUGGAAUUAUAACAUUUGAUAUGUUGAUCAGUGUCAACAACUCAAACACAAAGCCUAACUUCACAGAAGUGGCAGAGCUCAUUGCCCAUGAGUUUGAAGUUGAUAAUUUACAGGUGCACAUGUUGAAUUUCACAUCGACAGGAAAUAAUUAUCUUGUUAAAUGGGCCGUUCUUCCUGCUGAAUCUGCUGAUUACAUUUCCAAUACCACAGCAAUGAAAAUAAUUCAGCAAUUAAGUGAGCAUCGAUUACACUUUCCUGAGAGACUCGGAAGCUAUGAGUUAGUCAAAUGGAAGUUUGAGCCUCAAAAGAACAGGACAUGGUGGCAGCAACAUUUUGUGGCCGUGACUGUUGGAGUUGUUGUUACCCUAGUCUUUAGUUUAUUAAGUAUUGGCCUAUGGUUGGUCUGGAGACGUCAAAAAACGCUUGGAACGUAUGCGCCUGUUGGAGCUGUUGGUCCUGAGCAAGAACUUCAGCCUUUGUGAUCUUCAGUUUUUGUUGACUGCACGAGGAUGAUAAUAAACAUCUUCAAUACUUAAUCAAUCACAGUGACAAAUAUGCGGUGAUGAAGUUUGAUUCCACCCUCCUGCUGUACAUUGAAUAGAAUUGAAAGGGGAAAUAUAUAGAAGGGUAAUCAGAAGCUUUUUCCCCCCUUUUUCUUAAUAGAGACUGGACUCUUAUUGUUUAGAAUGUCAUAUGCUUAUACGUUCAUAGGUGUACACAACGGGGUUAAUUGUUGAGACAUUGACUGGAUAAAGAUAAAGGCAAAAUUGAGUUCUGUUUUUCCUUUUAAGGCAUC